CAGAGAGCUCUCCUUCUCCAGGCCAAGCAAGGUGCAUUUGUACUUGGCACCAGAGCUAUCCCUAAGCCCGGCCAAGGGCGUCUCCUCAUCAAAGUAGAAGCUGCUUCACUGAACCCCAUCGACUGGCGUAUUCAAGAGACAGGCCUGUUCAUCGAAGACUAUCCCGCCGUCCUUGGCUACGGCACUGCUGGCGUCGUCGCGGAGGUCGGCGAAGGUGUCACCAAGUUCGCCGUCGGAGACAGAGUCGCUGCUCCUGGGAUUGUGGGAAACAGCGAUUACUGCAGCUUCCAGCAGUAUUCGCUCGGCGACGCACGCUUCACCGCCAAGAUUCCCUCGAACGUCUCCUUCGAUGAAGCAGCCUCAUUGGGCGUAUCCCUCGACACCCCCGCAAUUGGGCUUUUCGGACCGCAUAACGCAAAGUUAACGUCACCGAUCGAUAAACCGGGCGUCUACAAGGGACAGAGUAUUGUCAUCCUAGGUGGCUCUGCUACUAUAAGCCAAUUCGCAAUCCAGCUCUCGCGACUCGCUGGUUUCUCCAACAUCAUAGCGGUCGCCUCGCCCGUGCACGAGCCUCUCCUGAAGUCCCUCGGCGCGACACAUGUUGUCGACCGCCGUUCACCCUCGGCAGAUAUCAUUGCUUCGAUCAAGAGCAUCGCGGACAGCGACAUCAAGGUUGUCUACGACGGCAUCUGCGGCGAUGACACGCAGGCCGUCGGAUGGGGUGUCCUCUCGCAGGGCGGCCACAUGGCCGUCUCCAAGGGCACCAUCAAGGCCCCAGAGGGAGACGAGGAGACGCGUACAGUCGGGUUCACGUUUGGCUCGCCGCACAUCCCUCCGCAUUACGAGUUUGGCGAGAAGCUCUGGGGUAGCGUUCAUGACUGGCUACAGAACGGCACGAUAGUGCCCAACAAGGUUGAAGUGCUUCCCGGGGGUCUCGGAGGGAUUGUUGCAGGGCUAGAACGUUUGGAGGCAGGAAAAGUCAGCGGUGUCAAGCUUGUCGUGCGUCCCCAGGAA